AUGUGUUCUCUUUCGUUUCAGAUGUUUGAUAGAGCAAAGAUAAAGAAAUUAAAAUUGGUAUUCAAAUGGAUAAUACUAGUAUAUUUAAUUAUCUUCUUUGUGUGCAGACCAUUUAGAGAAUCAAAAAAUGAUAUACAAUUAACUUCCUACAAAUUAGUUCAAUCAUAUGUGAACUCAGGGAUCAUCAGGUCAUUCCCGUCGAAACCUAUAACAUGCAAUGAAAAAGAUGUUUUCUUAUUGAUUAUUGUUCCAAGUGCUGUGUCCAAUUUUGAACAACGAAAUGCCAUCAGAAAUACAUGGGGAAAUGUAUCAAAUUUGAAAAAGCCUGUUCUGGUGAAAUUUCUGUUAGGAAAGAGCAAAGAAGCCGCUCUCCAGGACGUAGCAUCAACUGAAAACCAAAUUUACAAUGAUAUUCUCUUUGAGGACAUUGACGAAGCAUAUGAAAACCUCACGAGGAAGUCUAUUGCUAUGUUGCACUGGGCAUCAAUGCACUGUCAUCGCGUUCGUUAUCUGCUAAAGGUAGAUGACGACAUAUUCUUAAACCUUCCCAGACUUCUGGAUGAACUAACGAAACAUCCUAGAGAAAAUUCAAUAACCGGAUGUAAGGUUCAGGGAUCUACUCCGUUUAGAUUUCUAAGAACUAAAUGGAGAGUGUCAAAGACACAAUAUAAAGAAGACUACUAUCCAGAUUAUUUAGCCGGAACUGCCUAUCUUAUUAGUGGUGAUAUUUUACAAAACCUUUACGGUGCAACACAAAAAGUUCCGUAUUUUAUAUUCGAGGAUAUUUACAUUACUGGCCUAUGUAGGGAAUACAUUGGCGUCCGUGCUGAAGAGCACAAGGGCUUUAGCUGUGGAUAUCGCGAUAAGGGACCUUGUGGAAAAAACUUCAGAUAUGGAAUCACGGGACAUCACUAUAAUCCAUCAGAAAUUAAAAGAAUGUGGUUAGAGCUACAAGAUAGAUGGUCCAACUGUCGAAUUGUAGAUAACUAUUUCAUUUAUAAACUUGUUGAUAUGUUUCGGUAUAUGUUCCUCUAAAAUGAUGAAAAUAAGUUUUAGAGAGUGACACAUAGUGUAUACGAACUUUAUUGGUGUGCCUACUUAAGCAAUGGAAUUAAAAGCUACAUGUAAUGACGCAAAUGAGACGAAAAGGCUGCAGUCAGUUCUUAUAUUUUUGGUGGUAUUUUACAAAAUGUUUGACAAAAAAUAUCAAAGAUGUACAGUGUCUCAGCUCUAUGGCAAAGGUUUACUCAUUCUGAUUCGGCGACAAGGGAGAAACAAAAUAUAACUUUUUGAAGGAUAUUUCAUGAAAUUCACAAAAUGCGAAUAUUCAAGUAUGGAUCAUUUCUCAAAGAUAAAAAGAUGGACUUUUUCUGUGCCCUUAAUUUAAUAAUCAUUUGGCAUUGUGCAUGUGAAUUCUUAUGAAAACGUUAAUUCAUCCUUUGAAGGUACAUAUACAAAUCUUUCUAAAUGAUUGGGCUUUUGUCUAUGAAUUUUGCAUUGAGCUAUGGGGACCUAUAAAUUAAGACGGUAGACGAUUUGUUAAUAGAAAUAUCCCUUCCAAGGUUACAAUUUAAUUGUAUUUUUUAUUAAUU